AUGGCGGCUCGUCCUCUCCCUCUUCCCAACGCCGUACUCCGGCCACCCUCCUGGUACGGUGCCAUGGAUGACCCUGGCCGCCAGCCGCAUCUUGCCCUUCAAAUAGGGGAAAUUGUAGAAAUGAUCCUCGCGAACUUCGACCCCAGCGACACGUCCGACCGUCUGACCUUUUUGCGCGAGCGUCCUCGAAUGCUCUCACGCGACUCGGAACCGCGACAGGACCACGCGGAGAAGAUCAUCUCGACUUCCGCCUACUCAAACGAGGCUAAACUGGAGAGACUGCGCAUCUGCGCAGCACGAGUAGAGUCCCUCGUCUUCAAGACUACUCUUGAGCCUAGCGAGUUCGUGCUUCUUCUCGACCUCGCCCUGCUUGCAGGCGCACCCAUCUUUCCCCGCCUCAAGAAACUCCAUUAUCGUCUCCGGUGGCAUGCUCGGGAGACUGAGCUGCCCUUUGCGUUCUCGUCCUCGCUCGAGGAGCUCUCUUUGACCUCCAUUACGGAAGAGGACAAGCAUAGGACUCCUCCCCUUAUCGCGGCAUUCAUCAAACAUUGCCCUCAAAUAUCCCGCUUCGCGCUAACCAUGAUGCCCGGGUACUUCCCCGACCGCCUCGCGAAAACAUGGCAGGCCGUUUCGGGAUUCUCGCACCUCCGUCACCUAACAACAUCCUACGCACCUACCCCCGUCAUCCUCGUCCAGAUUGCGACAAGGCGUUCUACGAUUGAGACCGUCGAAUGUGAAUACGUGGACUCCCCCUACACCGAACCCGCGCCGCUCCCACUCAGCCCGCCCGUCCAGACCACACGGCUCACGGUGCUCAAGCUCGGAGGACCGAAGGCGGGCAUCGACGCGAUCCUCCAGUCCGUGCUCGCGCCUCGCCUCACACACCUGCACCUCGACGUGCCCCAGAUGACCGACACCCGCGUGCUGCACACCGUCGCCUCCCUGCCGCUCGCGCGCUCGCUCCGCACGCUCUCCCUCGUCCUCGACUCCGGCCGCUUCUGGCAGUACCGCUUCCCGCUCUCGCUCUCGCACCUCCUCCGCCCGCUCCGCACGCUCUCCCAGCUCGCGGAGGUCUCCAUCACGAUCACGUCCUGCACGGAGGUGACCGCGACGGACGGCGACUUCCGCGGGCUCGCGCACGCGUGGCCGCUCCUCCGCCGCCUCCGCCUCGUCUACAUCAACCGCGACGACGUCCACUGGGGCGCGCAGCCGAUCGAGACGCUCUACGGCCACACGCACACACACGCUGCGGCGACGCUCAGCGCGCUUCGCCACUUCGCGCGGGGCUGCCCCGCGCUCGAGACGCUGGAGCUCGACAUGCUCGAGGCGCGCUUGGAUGCGGGACUUGAAGGCGGAGAUGGCGUGGCGGGCGCGAGCGCAAGCGCGCUCGUGGUCCUGCAGGUGUGGGCGGAUGACCGGGGGGCGCGGGACGAGGAGCGGCCGAACGCGCUGCAGAUCGCGCGGUUUGUGGACGGGCUGUUCCCCCAACUGGACCUGCGGCAGUCGUGGAUCAGAGACACGCGCUGUGUCGGUGGAGAUGUGUGGGAGAAGAUGGAGGGGCUUAGGCAGGGAGGGAAGGUGGACGGCCUCGCGGUGUCCGCGAUGUCGGUCUCGUCUUGA